UGUAGAUCUACUGGACAAGCGUUUUUACUUCCAAAGUUACUCCAUUUGCGAUGCGAUUCGUUAUGAUUCAGUCUUGAUUUUGCCAUUUGUUCAUUUUUCAACAUGGAGCGUCAGCAAGUCGUGGAGCUGUUGCUGCAGUUUCUGAACGAGAACGGAUUUGUGCGCACGCAGGCUGCCCUCGAGGCUGAAAGUCGCCUCCGCUUUGAGCCCGAUCAAGUCAAGGUCGCAAGCCAGCUCCAAGUCAUUCUGGACUUGUACGAAGCGACGCAUGGUGACCCGAGCAAGAAGCCUCGCAAGAUGGACAUUUCCGAUUUGCUGGUUCAGCCAACGGCAACCAUUCCAACUCAGAACGUCUUUACUGUCCAAGACUUGCACACGGGCCCAGUGCUUGCAGCUCGACUCCGCGACGAUAUGAAGUUGUUCACCGGAUCUUCCGACAAAACCGCGGCUCUGGCGCAGUUCUCAGACUUGGACGACGAGUAUCGGUGGUACCGGGACAACACGCUCACACACCACUCUGGCGCUGUUCUCGCGGUCGAGUUCCACCCUCUUCUCAAGAACAUCGCCCUGACCUCGUCCAUGGAUCGAUCACAUCAAAUUGUGGAUAUCGAGACUGGCGAUGUCCUUCAAACCUUCGCCGACCACACCAAAUUCGUGGUGCGCGUGCAGUGGUCGCCAAACGGAGAAUAUUUCGCAACAGCGUCAUACGACCACCAUGUUGGUUUGUAUCGCCGUGUGCAAAAAGUCUCCAAGCCCGUCGAGGAUGAUGAUGACAGCGACGCAGAAGAGGAACCAGCGCCUUUCAAGUUUGAGCGCGUCGGCCACUUCCUCUUUGAGGGCUAUGCCGAAGCACUCUGCUUCUCACCGGAAGGCGACGAGCUCUGCAUGGCCGCUCGAAACGACUGUUUCCUGCAUUUUGUUGAGCUGACCAGCGGCAAUUACGAGCGGUCCAAGAUGAACAUGAACGCGCUGGGCGACACGCACGUCAGCUUCACCGCCUUGGACGUGUCUUACUCGCCGUUUGGCAAAAAGUACCUUCUUGUCUGCACAGACAAAAACCGACUGAUUUUGUAUGCUCGGGAGACGGGCGAGCAGCUGCGCCACUUUUACGGCACCAACAAUGACGAGUGGAGCACACCUCGCCACUGCUGGCAUCCGUCCGGACAGUACAUUUUUGCUACCUCGCAAGACCGAUGCAUCUACAUUUGGGAAAUGUGCUCUCAAAAGCUGGUUGGCAAACUCACCGGACACACGGAGAAUAUUCGCGACCUGUCUUUCAACGACAAGCACAAAAUUCUUGUUUCGACUGGUUUCGACAAGGUCGUUCGUUUUUGGAAGUAACCCCACCAACGUCGUCCCGUGUAUGGAUUGUCACAACAACAAAAGCAAUGUAUUUUUUCAUCCGCUCAAACAACAGUUUUGCAGUGGACGGUCUAUUGAAGGAA